UCUACAUACGAAGUUAAUCCGUUCCAGGACCUUGUUUGUAAGUCGAAAUGGUCGUAUGUCGAGCAGGAUUUUCCCAUAGGAAUACAUUAUAAUUCCAUUAAUUCGUUCCACAGCCCAAAAACCUGCACUAAAUCCUUAAAAAAUACUGCUGGUGCUAUUACAAAUGGCAAUUACACGUAGCAAAACAAAUAAAUUAUAAAUCAAAAUUGGAAUAAUGUAAUAAAAAGAAUAAUAAUAAUUCCUGUAAUAGUGUAACGAAUCGGGUUCUAAUAAGGCGGACGUUUUUUUGUGUACCUGAACGCACCGCGGGGCUCACGUGCCAGAGACAGACCGGUGAGCUUGAGUUUCACUUUCACUUUGAAUGUUCUCUUGAGAACACCAUCAAUUGCGGCAGACAGCAGGCGUUUUGUGUUGAAUAAGUUGUAAAAGAAAUGAUGAAAACGUGGCGAAGCUGGCGAUUUCUUUGGAGACAAUAAGAAUUGUCAGCUUAAUUUAUAAAGACUGGCGAACGAUGGUCGGAGGAGGACCGUGGAGAUGUAUUGUUGAGCCAUUUCACGGAUGCCCACCCCACGCUCAUAUUUUUCUGUCAUUUGCAUCUUCAUUUCGAAGGUGUGUGUCUCAAGUAAUGGCGGAUAACUCUGAGAAAGUACCGAUCGCGUCGGCGGGACCAGAGGACGUGCAGCAGUUCAUGCCUCCAGCGUAUUCAACCGUGGCGGUGAAGCCCGCGGCCAACGGGCACGCUCUGAAGGCCGGGAUCGCGGUGCUCAUUGCCGGGACCCUGCUGGUCCUCUUGGGGGCCGUGGGAGCAUUCUACUUCUGGAGCAACAAUGAAAAACACGUCUACAAUGUCCACUACAGCAUGAGCAUCAAUGGCAAAGUGGAGGAGGGCACGAUGGAGAUCGACACAGAGAACAACAUGGAAAAGUUCAGCACCGGCAGUGGAGCGGAAGAGGCCGUGGAGGUCCACGAUUUUGAAAUUGGAAUCACUGGCAUCCGGUUUUCAGGGGGUGAGAAGUGCUUCAUCAAAACCCAGGUGAAGGCCAGCCUUCCAGAUGUGGAGGGUCUUGACAAGGACUCACUGACCUUCGAUUUGGAUGAUGAGGUGAUGCCAGCCAAAUUUGAAGAUGACCUUGUAUGGGUGGCUUCUGGUGCGCCUCUUUCCGACUCCACGUUUCUCAGCAACAAGAUCAAGGAUUUGUGUGGAGAUCUGCCAAUCUUCUGGCUACGUCCCACCUACACUACUAGCGGACAAAGGAAAACAAGGGCUGCCCCCCGGCACCGCCGUCAGGCACCCAUGGAUGCGGAAGAAGAGGAUGUAGAGGCAGAGUUCAACCCGGAGAACCCUUAUCAGAAUAACCUUGCGGGAGAGGAUACCAUGCAGAUUGACCCCAGGUUGGACCACGAGGGCGUUUGCUGCAGCGAGUGCCGUCGCAGUUACACUCACUGCCAGAGGAUCUGUGAGCCACUGGGGGGUUACCACCCGUGGCCGUACCAUUACAGAGGCUGCCGAGUGGCCUGUAGGGUGAUCAUGCCUUGCAACUGGUGGGUGGCUCGUAUUCUGGGUAUUGUGUAAAUGCACCAAUCAAAUCAAAUCACCAUCAGAGAGAUGGCUGGUGAGAGGGUUUGGACUGGGGUUUAGAAAGGUGAGUGAGAUGACCAAUCAGAGGUGGGUAGAGUAGCCAAAAAGUUUACUCAAGUAAAAGUACUUCAAAACAAUAUUACUCAAGCAAAUGAAAACACCCCCCAAAAUUUACUCAAGUACAAGUAAAACAAAAAAAAGUAUCUGGUGAAAAGAAUACUCAAGUAAUGAGUAACAUUAUGUCUGAUAUUUUUUCAAACAAUAGCCAUCGUUUUCAGGACAGUGUCUAUUAUAUAUAUGGUGGAAAACACAGACAAGACUGAAAAAGCAGUUUGUGCUCUUGCACUCCUCUUUAAAAGAAACUGUUGUAUUUUAAGCCAAAACAGUUGUUUUUAAUAGAACAAUAUGUCUAUAUGCUGCCAUAGCAGAUUCAUGGCGCAUUAAGCCCCAGAACUAUCUUUAAUUUGUUCGUUUUAACCUGAAAACCCCCGUUUACAGACGUCGCGCAACCGCUUCGGUUUCAACCCAGCCAUAAAACGAAGGUAAUUAAUUAUAUUUAUUAUUCAAAAUGUCUGUCGUUUUUAGCUUAGAAUCAUUAAUUGGUCUCAUAUUUCGUUUAAAAAAAAAAAAAGACUUUAAAAAAUUAUUAAUUCACAAAUUUUAAACAAAUUACGUCACAAUAAAAAAAUGGCGUCUGUAAAAAAAGUCACGGAUAUCUACCUCAUAACUAUCGCUUAAUUGUAUUUUUUUGUUACUGUCGCAUUUUCUCCUAUAUGUUAGAUGAUAACUAAUCGAACCAAACAAAACAAAACAAAAAAGAAAACAAACGUUUAAAAGGGUAAAUAUAUUAAAAAGAAAAUCUCAACCACUCCUUGAUGUCUGCGAUUUCUUCAUCGCGACCCUUGUUAUAUUACCAUGUUUCACUCAUAAAAUCCCCCAAAAAUCCCGCUCUGGACAUUCACGGCUGUGUCUUGACACUCAGUUAUACAUGCUACAUGGAGUUUUUGGAUCGAAACAAGGUAAGUACGCGAUAAUAUCUCCUUAAAGUCAUGCUGUCUGUAAUUCUGCUCUCGCGUGCUCUCACCUCCAGAUAGGGUUUUGCUGUUUAAAAAACAUUUUUUUCCAAAAGAAUGCCCUCCUGUUCAAAAUGUUUCUUCCCCAGAAAAUUGAGAUUUUAAGCUUUCCAAUGAUGUAUCACCCAUGCAUAUCGGACAAUUUUGAAAGUUGGCUAAAUUGGGGGUCUCAGAGCGGAACUUCAAGUCACCUGAGUGUUUUCCGCCAUAUAUAUGUGAACUAUUAUUACACUGUACUGUAACCUAUUACAUGACCAUAUUAGGCCAAAUAAAAUACACCAAAAUCAUCAAAUUCUGACUAGAAAUGAAACAAUCCAUCCAAAGGGCAUGAGUGCUCUCUAAUGGGGAAAAGAUAUGAUCAUUUUGAUUUCAUUGUAGGACAUAUCUCCGGUUUUCCAUGGUUCCAAGUGAGGUUGAAAUCAAUGCUUUUGAGGAAUCUCGAUAACAGCGAUCUAUGUAAAAUAGUUUUAUUUUUUACAGUGCUUUAAAGACGCCACAUGAUUGAACAGGCCAGCAUGACCAUAGCUGCAAGCUUUUGUGUGGUCAUGUGACUGCAUAGUUACAGCUAACUGGUAUAAUUCAGUAUUGGGAUUAUUGUUGCGACAGCUCAUUGGUGAACCUAGGACAGCCACUGUCGGCAUACAGUUGUGGUCAAAAGUUUACAUACACUUGUG